AUGGAUAAUAUCAAAGUUGAUGGAGAGGUACUUGUCCUUACUAACGAAGAUUUUAUUGGAAAGAAACCUUCAGCUAUAAAAGAAAAAGUACGUUUUUCUACAGAAUAUUAAUGACGGCCGCUAUUGGCUAUCGUUCAAGUUUCAUAAAGAAAAAAUAUCUUAACAGCCUGGCCGUAUUUUUAGUUUGCUUACUUACUUUUCAUAGUUUGUUACAGAUCGAUGAGAAGCGGGAAAAAGUUCAUCCACAACAUUGGUGUGGCCAACACAAAUCAGAAGCAGACUCUCCAACCAACUUUUACAACUACAGCAGUGUGAGCAAAAUUGAAAAGUCUGCAAUGUGUCGGAUCGCGGAGGUUUUGAAGACACUUAACUUCUUUUAGACCAUUUUUAUCUAGAUUGCGAGAUACAAUAAGCUCCGACAUUUUUACGAUCUUCAAGAUGAAAGCGGGCCUGCUCACAAAAAAUUGUUCACGGUGAAAUUGGUGUUAUCAAAAGAAGAAUCUUUUGAAGGUCAGAUUUUAUAAUUCUCUCCGGUGCUCUUUAAUGUUUUUUAAGUUUUCAGGUAGUGGAGCCUCUAUCAAACGCGCGCAACAAGCUUCUGCAGAAAUAGCACUCCAAAAAACCAAGCUGCCAUUGCCAACUGAGAAACCUACUAGAAAGAAAAAUAAUGGUAUCCUAAAAUUGUCCGGGUUCUUUAGAAAAAAACAAAACGUUUUAUUGUAGAUGCAAAAAAACCACACCGAGUUCUCCAAAACGUUUGUCGAACUCUACAAUACAGCACGCCGAGUUAUAUUUCGUGUAAUCCACCAGUGUAUCCUGAUCCAGGAAGUCCUGUUCCGGAACACAUCCUUCUACCGCCUGCGGCGAUUGCAAUGUAUGGACCACCAUAUCCGACGGUCCCAAUUGAUCCAAGUAGACCACAUGGACCCAAACUGCAAGCGGUAUUAAUACUUGUGAAAGUUUGUUUAUAAUUAUUUGUUUUAUGAUACGCAGGUGAUAGUAAAUAUCAAUAGAAAAUCAAUUGCUACUGGUAUAGGAGAAACCUAUCCGUUAGCCAAACAAGAUGCAGCUUCGAAGGCUCUCAUUAUCCUUACUCCAUUAUUGAGAGAACAUCAAAAACUAACAUCACAGGAACACCGAGAUGCAGUUACAGAAAAGGCAAGAAUACUAAUUUCCACGCUCAAUAAUACAUUUCAUUCGUUUCAGAAGAACCUGCCUGUUCACAAACAAAAAUCUGUUAUAAGCGACAUACAUGAAAAAGCACAUCAGCUAAAACUCAAUGUUUUCUUUGAAGUUUUACGAGAAGAGGGUCCACCUCAUGAUCGACUGUAUCUGGUACGGUGCGCAUUCGUCACCAGUAACAACGUCGUGAAAGCUGAAGCGACUGGAGAAGGAAGAAAAAAGAAAAUCGCGCAACAGGAAGCCUGCACUCAACUUCUGAAAAACGUUGAACAUUUCAGUUAGUUGUUUUCUUUCUAUACAAAAAAAAAAGUUUUGCAGAUUCUGAGAAUAAUCCUGUCACCCUUGCGAACAAUGUUUGUAGAACGCAGAAGAAAUUGGCAGCUUUGAAUAGAGAACCAAAGCGAAAAACAAUUGUAAAAGACAAGAAGAUGGAUCCAUUAUAUGGACAUCAGAUAAACCCUGUUUCUCGUUUGAUUCAAAUUGCUCAAGCUAAAAAUCAAGAGCACCCUUCGUUUGAAUUGAUAGCAGAGAAUGGACUAAGCAAGUACAAGGAAUUUAUGAUACGCGUCAAAUGUGGAGAACAGGAACAAAUGGGAAAAGGACCAAACAAACGGCUUGCAAAACGGGCCGCAGCUGAAGCUAUGCUUGAGUCGAUUGGAUAUGUAAAGCCCCUGCCAACACCAGGAAAGAGUUUACUCAAAAGGAUUCAGGACUGCCCUGAUAAUUUUGUUCUAGAUGAAUCUAACUACCACGCGUUAGUUCAGAAUAAAUUGAGUAUGAAACUAUUUUUAUAAUUUAAGGGAACCAAAUGAUAUUAUCACUGACAAUGUUCUCCCCGAAAUAUCUACAACAGAAAAUCACGAGGAAAGCCACUCGUCUCCGGAAAGCGAAAAACGUCGUGUUACUUUUAAUUCUCAAGUUCAUGCUUGUCCACCACCAGGUACAUUCGCUCUUUAACCAGAAAAAUGAAAUAAAACAUUUAGGCGACCAAGACUAUCCAAAUUCUAUUGUAACAUCUCUAAAGAAAGAUGCAAUUGUUGAGGGGAAAGUGCGAAGAUUAAAACGAUCAAAAGAAAACCGCCGAGCUUUGACUGCAGAACAGAUUUUUGAUAUAUCCAGUCGCGCGCAAGAAUUCAUCUCUCUCGUGGAUCAUUCGGACAAAACUGACGGUUAUUCAUUUUCUACCUAAUAUUACAAAAAUUUGAAUACAGAUGAACAAACGGCACGUUAUCAGUUAGAUCAACUGUCAGUCCAAUUUAAAUUCAGUGUGGUUUAUACAACAUUCCCUGAAGCAAGCCCAUCACAACAUUUCACAAUCGUGUCACUUGGACUCGAAAAAAUACUGGUAUGCUCAAUUCUCAAUAUCAAUUUUGAAAAUCAAUAAAAAUUGCUUUAACUGCAGGUUGGUCACGGAACUGGAUGCACAACUCUCGAAGCUGAUGAAGCCUCUGCUCUUGACGCAAUACGAAAACUGGUAG